AUGGCGACUCCUGGCUCUGUGACUCCCGAGGCACCCUUUGACCCUUCGCAGCCCCCUGUCAUUGAGGGCUUUAGCCCUACUGUCUACAAAGACGCGGAAACCUUCAAGGAAAAGUUCCUUCGUAAGACCCGCGAGAAUCCAAUGGUGCCCUUAGGUUGCUUGGGCACGGUGGCUGCCCUUGCUUAUGGACUCUUCUGUUUCCACCGGGGCCAGAGCCAGCGUUCCCAGCUCAUGAUGCGCACACGGAUCGUUGCUCAGGGCUUCACUGUCGCAGCCAUUUUGAUGGGUCUGGCAGCAUCCGCUAUGAAGCCUCGACACUGA